CCCGGCGGCGGGAGCGGCGCUGGCCAUGGGACGGGACGGGGCGCUGCCCCGGCGGCUGCAACCUGUGGAGCAGGUGAUGAAUAAUGUGGCUCAGGCAGUUCAGAAAGCUCUGUGGUGGAGCCCUGCGGUCUGACACUCAUUGCUGCUAGCCCUGGAGGGACCUGUGUCACCAGUGUGAGAGAGGAAUCUCCCAAGUACACUCUGGAUUUUCUCUCUGCACAUGCUACUGGAUUAUCUACCUUUUACUGACCCACCCAAAACCACAGAAAAAGGGUCAAACAGAAAUUGUUGACUUGUCACUUCUGCCUUAAAACUGACUGGAUUUUAUGGCCUCUGCUGGAGAAGCUACCUGGACUGGAAAUGGAGCAGCUUGUGCUGCACCUCUGCUGAGCAUGGAAUAUGAGCAUCGAGGUGCCUUAAGUUAAACCAUAUGCAAGUUGCACUAGUUGUUGUAACUGUACUGCUGAAACCACUCCAGACUUCUCCAGGGCUUUCCAAGGCAGUAGCUCCUCACACAGUUUGGAUGUUUCCAAUUGACAUUUGAAUGUUUUCAUCCAGUCUGGUGUGGCUGUGAAAAGUGAGCUUUUCCCUGUGAAGUUCAUGGUGAGUUUUGCAGCCUCACUUCCCGGCGUGGUCUGUGCUAUGGCAGCGACCUACAGGCUGAUGGUGACUUCAGUGAACUGCUACAGCAGCGUGGUGGUAGAGCAGCACUCCCAGCACACCGUGCACUACUGCACAGGCUCCUGCCAGCUCCUCAGACAGGGACUCACCUGCAUAGUUGCUCACCACAGUGUCUGUGCAGAGCUCAGUGUCCAAGAUGCCAACCUGGACCAUAAAAUUCCUGUUCCUGAAAAUGGGCUUGCCUUGGCUGGAAAUGAGGACUAUCACCAAAUCCUCCCAAAUAAUCCAAGAAUCAAGAAGGGCUCUUCAGUGCAAGCCUCCAGCAGUUUAAAAGACAUUACUGGUGAGGCAAUAAACCUUGCCAGUGGUAAAAUAAAGGAAUUCUCCUUUGAAAAGCUCAAAAACUCUUCCAGUCAUGUGGCCUACAGAAAGGGAAGGAAAGUCCGGUCAGAAUCUUUCAGCAGACGAUCCUUUGAUUUUGACUUGAUUUAUGGGCACUUUAACAAUGAUGAGAACUGCCCUCCCUGUGGCUUUUUGCAGAGUCCCUCACCUGUGGACAAAUGGCAGGAGAGCAGUGAUGCUCCAGAAGUCACCAUGAAUCCUGUGGUUCCCUUCUGCCCUCAUUCCUUCCCUGAAGAAAACUUCAUUACUCAGAUUUUGGAAAAACACAAGCUAGAUGGUUCUUCUGGUGGGGAUAUUAAGGUGUGCCUGGACAUCCUGCUCAAGUGCUCAGAGGAUCUGAAAAAGUGCACGGACAUAAUCAAACACUGCAUCAAGAAGAAGUCUGCAGAUGUCGUUGGUGGAGGAAGCAGCAAUGAUCCCCUGGCUAAUUCAGAAAGGAUAUACAUGAAUCUGAUGUCAAGAUUUUCUUCCUACCUGAAAAAGCUGCCCUUUGAGCUGAAAACAGGAGGGCAGAGGGAAGCGAGUGACUGGGCAGAGCUGAUGAACUGUUUCCAUGGCUUGCAGCAAACUCCCUUUCCCCUGGUAUUUGGUGACGAGCAGCCACCCAGGUAUGAAGAUAUCAUUCAGCUGCCAUCCUCAAGUGCAGCUCCUCUCGUUCUACCAGGUCAGGGUGAGGUGACAAGCACCUCCCAGUCCAUCCAGACAGGUACUGUGAGCUUCACCUCCAGCUCCCUGCCCGCUGUCCCUCCAGAGAGCAGCGUGAGAGCUGUGAAAGACGCUCUACCUCAGUCACCAGCCCCGAGCCCCUGCGACUGCGCGUCUGCCACCGAGGCACUGUACAUCGAGGAGGAGUCUGAUGGGGACAGAACAGCAGGGACAGAGAAGAAGGCAGAGCAGAAGGGGGGCUGGCAGAGCCUGGAGCGCAGCUACCAGCGAGCUGCUGGUUCAGACCUUGCUGCUGAUGCUAAAGCAGAGCGGGCCAGGGCGGGAGAUGCUCCCCAGCAAACUGCUCCUUUAAAACCGGUGUCAGACCCUGUGUUGGGUGGUGCCCAAGCUGCUGCCCCCAAAGGAGCCCAGACGUGCAGUAGGGUGGACAAGGAGGAGAUAGACAAACUGCUGCUGGACUUGGAGAACUUCUCACAGAAAAUGCAGAGUACUCUGAGAGAGCCCUCUUGGAAGGAGGGCGAGCCUGCCUCACUGCAGGUGUCUGGCAGGCAGGGUAGGCAGGCUCCACCUCUGGCUCUUGAACCCAAAAGCAAACCUGCUGAUCCCCCUUCUUCUUUGUCAAAAAUCAUGGAAACUAACGGUCAUAAAAUGGAAGAGGAUGACAAAGCCCUUUUACUGCGUAUUCUGGGAAGCAUUGAGGACUUUGCCCAGGAGCUGGUGGAAUUCCAGACUGGCAAGGGAAGUUUGUCCAAGGAGAGGGAAGUGAUGCAAAUUCUCCAGGAAACUUUAGCAACUCCUUCACAGUCCCUGCUUGCAGGGCAAAAAAGCCAUGCUGGGGCUGCCUCCAGAGACUCUGUUCCAGCUUCAAUUCAACAGGCCCCAGAAGUAAUAAAGGUUCAAAGUAAGCAAGAGAAGAAGGCAGGAACUUCAUCCCCAGCCCCCCUGCAGCCUGUGGUUAGCACUUGCACUCCUCUGCCUGUGAAUAAAGCCAGCAGCAGUACCCCUGUGCCCAUAAACAUUCCACGUUUCUACUUCCCUAAAGGACUCCCGAAUGUCUGCACUAACCAUGAAGAAAUCAUUGCCAGGAUUGAAGAGGCCUUUACAGAGUUUGAAGAUGGGAAAGCAAACAUCUGUGAAAUGGGGAAAAUUGCUAAGAUCUGUGGCUGCCCACUCUACUGGAAAGCACCUCUGUUCAGUGCAUCUGGAGGAGAGAGGACAGGACGUGUCUCUGUGCACUCCUUUGUGUCCAUGUGGAGAAAAAUCCUGCGGAGCUGCCACGACGAUGCCUCCAGGUUCACUUCCCUUCUGGCAAAGCCUGGCUGUGAGUGCCUACAACAGGAGGACUUCAUCCCGCUGCUGCAGGAUGUGGUAGAAACUCAUCCUGGCCUCACGUUCCUGAAGGAUGCUCCGGAGUUCCAUUCCCGGUAUAUUACAACGGUUAUCCAGAGGAUAUUCUACACAGUCAAUCGAUCCUGGUCGGGGAAGAUCACUCUAACAGAGCUGAGGAAAAGCAACUUCCUGCAAACUCUUGCUCUCUUGGAGGAAGAGGAUGACAUAAAUCAGAUCACAGAUUACUUCUCCUACGAGCACUUUUAUGUCAUAUACUGCAAAUUCUGGGAGCUGGAUACUGACCAUGACCUUUACAUCAGCCAGAAGGACCUGGCUAGAUACAGUGAUCAAGCUUUGUCAAACAGGAUCAUUGAGCGGAUAUUCAGCGGUGCUGUGGUGAGAGGCACUGAAGUUCAAAAGGAAGGGCGCAUGAGUUACGCAGAUUUUGUGUGGCUCCUGAUUUCAGAGGAAGACAAAAGGAGUGCUACAAGCAUCGAGUACUGGUUCCGCUGCAUGGACCUGGACGGGGACGGGGUGCUGUCCAUGUACGAGCUGGAAUACUUCUAUGAGGAGCAGUGUGAGCGCAUGGAGGUGAUGGGCAUAGAGCCACUGCCCUUCCAGGACCUGUUGUGCCAGAUGCUGGACCUUGUUAAGCCAGAGAGGGAAGGAAGAGUAACCUUGCGAGACCUGAAGAGGUGCAGAAUGGCUCAUGUGUUCUUCAACACCUUCUUCAAUUUAGAGAAAUAUCUGGACAAUGAACAGAGGGAUCCCUUUGCAGUGCAAAAGGACACGGACAGCGACAGCCCCGAGCCCUCAGACUGGGACAGGUACGCGGCUGAGGAGUACGAGAUCCUGGUGGCCGAGGAGUCUGGGAAUGAGCAGCUCCAGGAGGGAUCAUGUGAAGAUGACUAUGACACAGAUGAAGUCUUACCUCCCCCUGAAACUGGAGACAAGUCAGACAAGCUAAUUAUCUCAGAUCUCUGAGCUUAGAGAAGUGGAAGACAGCCCAUGUCUUUCAAACUGGAUAGCAUUCAGUCCCAAGGCACUUGGGGUUUUUCCUUAAAUCCGUCUUUGGAACAAUGUGCUUUAUUUUGUACACUGAAACUUGAGACCCCUUUUUGUCUUCCUGUGUAAUUGCAAUAAGGUAAUUUCUAUGAAAAGGCUUUUUACAAUGUGUUAUCGUGCACACUCACUGAAAAUGGUGAUUGCACCUUGUUUCAUUUCUAUAUAAAUUCUGUUAUGUCCCCAGAUGUGCAAUAAAUGCCAGCAUCUAAUGAUUACCUGUAACAGCUGCAUGCAGCAUCUAUAGUGGUCGUUUCUCAGUUCUGUCCUGUGCCACUCUGUCCCCUUGGCUUUAUACCAGGAGUGACAAAAGAGCUGCCAAAUUAACUUAAAUGUGUGUCUAGAAAUCUUUUAAAACACAGGUCACAGUGAAGUUCUUUUUUUCCUUCCUGACCUGGAAACAAAGGGAGCGUGCCUGCACAUGGGGAGAGUGAAGUCCCUUUGUGCUUUGCCCCCAAGCUCUUCCACUGGCUGCUGGGCUGUGGAUCUGUGAGCAGUUUCUGCCCUACACCACAUCGUGUUCUCUAGGAAUUUGAGAUAGAGUUACCUGUUCUAGUCCUGUGUUCCCUCCUGUGGUGAUCUGGCUCUGGCCAGAGCUUUGUCUGUGUGGAUUUCUACUUUGUAGGAGUGUUUUGCAGAGUAUUUACAGCAAAUACAGAUCUCUGCUGUUCAGCUACUGUGUUGAGACUGCUGUGCCUGGUGUGCACCAGUUCCGUCCAUUCCUGUGUUCUCCUCUCCUGUAGCCUUCUUUAACCUGUAGCCAAGAGACUAAGCUAAGAUACUGAAGAAAAAAAACCCAACCCCCUCUUUUAAGUAAUAAAGGAAUUAGUCUUUA